GCUAUAAAUUCAUGAUAAUUGUGCGACUGUGAUUCAGAACACAAAAUGGCGACGAUCCAAACGGUUAUUCUAUUGUGUUGUGCAGUGUUUGCUUCAGCUGGUACUAUAAGCAACCACAUAAACACCAAACAUGCAUUAAACUUAAAUAAGACCAAUGAAAGAAUCAUUAGUGGUUCUGAAGCUGUUCAAGGUCAAUACAAGUGGCACGUUGGCAUUAAAUUCACCCACGUCGGCCAAUAUGAUUUUGCAAGUGGCGCCCUCAUCAGUCCACACUGGGUGUUAACUAGAGCUUACGUAACAUCAAAUAUACAAUUAAGUACUAUUCAAGUUAUCCUUGGAGCAACCCACCGUACAGAGGAGCAAGUUGGAAAGCUCACCAUGACUGUCAAACGCGCUGUCACUCACCCUUUGUACACUGGAAAUGUCAGAUACAACGUAGGGUUAUUAGAACUUAGUUCUCCUGUACAAUAUAAUGACUACAUUGGAUCAAUUCGCUUACCGGACGCCACAAAUUUUUUGCAGAGUGCAAAACAUGUUUGGGUUAGUGGAUGGGGCCAAACAGAUCCAGAUGGAGAGGAAAGUGAAGUUCUUAAUUUUGUUCAAUUGACAACGAUAACCAAUGAAAAAUGUAAAGAAAUACGUCCGCUUUAUGUCACUGAUGAAGUUGUUUGCGCUAGUGGUCUAAAUGGCGAAGGCAUAUGUGGAUGGUAUGAUGUAGGUGCUGCGCUUGUACAAUAUAUUGAUGGGAAAUGGACUCAUGUAGGAGUUGUCAAUAAUGCGAAUUGUACUAUGGGUACAUCCAUUCGGACAGCAUCCAUUUUGGAUUUUAUUUAUGAUACAACAGGACCAUUGUAAAAAUAUUGUUUUAUAUACAAUUGAUUGUUUAAUCAUACUUACUAAAUAAAUAAGAGAUUUUAAAAAGA